AUGGCUGGCAUGGAGAGCGGGGGGAGAGAUACAUUCACACCACCGCCGCUAUACGAGCUCAACCUCAACCUUCUCCCCUCCCCUCUCCUCCAUCUUCACCAAGUAGUCCGUGCGCUCGUGAUGGGUCCAUCUCAAUUUGGCCACUUUUCUUAA